GGUGAUCAUCAGGGAUGCUGGAUGCGGAUGGAUCCCGGCUGCUGUAACCGGACCUGGAUGGUUAAUUACAGGAUUACAGUCGGUGAUGUCCGGUGAUGUGCGCGAGGGGAUUCCGUGAUUUGAAGAAGAUGGAGAGGGGACCGCUGCUGUCACCGCGACGCACAACACUAGUCAGGAACUGAGAGGCACUGUAGUGCAGAGAAACGGGCCAGGCCGAAGAGCAUCGGACCUAUGAUGGAUUUCUCGUGUGAUGAGACAGGCAAAGGCCCACCGGUACAGAUGCACAGCCUCAGAGAGUUUGAACAGCACCUGAACGACCUGAAGAAGGAGAACUUCAGCCUGAAGCUCCGGAUCUACUUCCUGGAGGAGAAGAUCCAGCAGAAGUUUGAGGAGAGCAGCGAUGACGUGCACAAGAGGAACAUCGAGUUGAAGGUUGAAGUGGAGAGUCUGAAAAAGGAGCUUGAGGAGAAACAGCAGUUUCUGGACAAAGCACUGUCAACCGCAGAGUGCCUGUCCAAUCAGAAUGAAGCAGAGCUGCAGCGUCGCUUGGCGGAGCGGCAGGAGGAGAUCAGCCACAUGCAGGAAAUCCUCGAAACCAAAGUUCAGCUACUGCAAGAGGAGGCCCUGCUGGCGCGAGGCGAGGCUGAGCAGAUGGCCUCUCUGGCGGACUCAGAGGCCCAGCGAUGCCUGGCUCUGGAGAGAGAGAUGGUGAAGAGGAUGGAGGAGUGUGGAGGCGACGUGGGACGACUCGCCCAGCAGGCCCUGGCGGAUAAAGACAGGGUGAUCGAGGAGUUGAAGCAGCAGAAACGUUCACUGGGCCUGCAGGUCGAGGAGCUCGAGGUCAAAGUUCAAAACCUUUCCUCUUCUGUCAGGAAGAAGGAGCUGGGAGCUGAGAGUCACAACGACCACCGAGUCCACGCAGAGAUGCAGCGGGUGAUUGACCAGCAGCAGGAUCAGCUGAGCCAGUACGAGAGCGCUGCAGGCGAGUGUGUCGGUGAGCUGCAGAAGGCCCAGGACCAGGUCCGCUCGCUGCAGGCCAAGAUCAGAGAGAGCGAGAGCAGGAACCAGAAGCUGCAGGAGCGUCUCGGUGAGAUGGAGCUGGAGCUGCGGUCGGCACGAGAGGAAGCGCAACAGCAGGAGCGAAACAUCCAGAACAUCAGCGAUACCGUCAACUCCAAGGAGGCAGAGGCUGCAGAGCUGUACCGGGUGAUCGAGGAGCAGAAUAAGAUGUUGUGUUCUCUGAAAGAGCUCGCCAACCGCAACCAGCUGCAGCAGCUGCAGGUGUCUGGGGCGGAGAGUAUCCGGGGUCAGGGUGAGGUGUUGGCUCUGCAGGCGUCUCUCUUCCAGGCUCAGCUGGAGCUUCAGGCCGGCCAGCGGACGCAGCGGCAGUCGGCGAGGACGCAGGAGGACCUGAACCGGGCCCUGCAGCGGCUGGAGAAAGACCUGCAGGGGGCGCUGCAGCACAGGAGGGAGACGGAGAGACACAACCAGGAUCUGCAGUUAGCUCUGGAGAAGGCUCGCUCGGCCCUGCAGGAGAGAGAGGAGCAGCUGAGUAACGACGAGCGAGAGAGGCAGAGGAAGGAGGAGGAGAGAGAGAAGAUCAUCAGAGAGCUGAAGACGUCCCUGCAGACUAAAGAGCAGCUGGUGCAGGAUUACUGUGAGCUGUUGGAUGAUCCGAAGGAGAAGAGAGACUCUCUGCUUCAGAAACUCCGACAGCGUAUUCAGGAGAGAGACCGAGCUCUGGAGCGAGCGGUGGACGAAAAGUUCCGCUGCGUGGAGGCGAAAGAGGAGGAGACACGUCGACUACAGCUGCUCCUCCGAGAGAAGGAGAGAGACCUGGAGAGGCAGCGAUGUGUCCUGGAUAACAACGAGGAGACCAUCACUAGCCUGGAGGUGCUGGUGCGAGGUAAAGCUCUGGAGCUGGAGCAGGUGUGUGACGCCUGGAGGAACGUCCAGCGGCAGCAGCAGGACAGCGAGGAGAGACAGAUCUACAUCCUGAGAGAGAGAGACACCAUCAUCAGCCAGCUGCAGGCGGCGCUGCAUGCCCGCACGCAGGAGGCCCAGGAUCUGCGCUGCUCGCUGCUAUCUCAGAUCCAAUCGACUCCCGGCGACAUUCUGGAGGAGCUGAAGGUCCGCCUCCAGCUCAAAGACCGCCUCUUCCAGGAGGUGCUUGGCGACCGGACACGUCAGGCCCAGGAGCACCAGGAGCAGGUCCAGGAUCUACGUAGAACCAUCACCUCCAGAGAUCAGUACAUUCAGGACUCGGCCAGCCGGCUCGGCGAGGUGAUGUCAGAGCAGACAGCCAGGCUCCAGGAGCUCCGCAAACAGCUGAGCUCAAGUUACGGAUCGAGGUCUGACUCCGAUCCGGACUUGGCAGCGGAGCUUCAGGCGGCGCAGGAGGAGCUGAGUCUGGUUCUCAGGAGGGAGAAGGAGAGCCGGGAGCUGAGCAGGAGUCAGGCCGCCACGCUGGACUCGCUAACCAGGACGCUGCACGUGAAGGAGGAGAUGAUCAGGGACUUCCAGAGGCAGCUGGUGGAGCCCGCCGGCCUCCCGCUGGUCGAACGUCUCACCCAGGAGGUCCAGGAGCUGAGGGAGAGCCUGGUCCAGCUGGACGGCGGUCCCCCUGCCAGAGGCCCCGUCCUGGGCCGGGACCGACCCAACAGCGGCAGGCAGCCUGAGUUUGGAGAGCUGACCUCAGAGGAUGAAGACGAGGCUGACGACGAUCUGAACAGCGAGUACACUGAGAGCGUUGAUGAAGAGGAGUCCAAACUGAGGGUUCAGUCACUGGCGAACAACAAGGGUUCUGGAGGUCCAGGAAAGGCUUCGUCCCAGGAUCUGUUGUUUGAAGGUCAGGGGUUGAUGGAGGUCAAACAGCUGGUGGAGCAGAAGAGGGCGGUGGAGAGAGAGCUGGGAGAGCUGAAGGCUCAGCUAGAGAAGACCGGCUUCUCCUCGCUGUCACAGAUGAGGAAAGCUCUGUUCAGUCUGCGUUUGGAGAACGAAGAUUUAAAGCAUCAGCUGACUGAAGGGCUGCAGCCUGACAGUAGACAGACUGAUGAGCAGAAGGUGCUGGACGGCGAAGAAGAGGACGAGGAGGAGGAGGACGAGGAGGAGUUGGAUGUGACCAUAGAAGAAGAAGAGGAGGAAAUCUCUGAGCUAUGGGAAACCUGGGAUGGUGAGCUGUCUCUGUCUGAGGGGAAACCGUCCCUGAACAAAAUCCAGACCGAUGAGGAGCAGAGGACGAAGAGAGCCGACAGACCUGAACCACUGCACCUGCUCACCAGCUCCUCACAGGAGGAAGACCUGGACAGCGAGCGGUCAGGUGGUCGGCAGCAGGCCACCGUUGCCUCGGUGACGGUGGAGAAGGCGGUUCGUCUGCAGCAGCAGAGCAAAGAGCUGCAGGAGAGACUGAUGGUGUCUGAAGCCACAGUUCAGGCUCAGGCCGAGCAGCUCAAAGACUACAGAGAGCUGCUCACUGAGACGGCCGUGCAGCAGGACAGUAAGCAGAUCCAGGUGGACCUGCAGGAUCUGGGCUACGAGACCUGCGGCCGCAGUGAGAACGAGGCCGAGAGGGAAGACACCAGCAGCCCAGAGUUUGAUGACCUGGAGAUGUGCACGUCUCUGGACUGCGGGUCCCAGUGGUGGCCCACCACCAGCAGCAGCAGCAGCUCCACCUUCACUAAGACCACCACCCAGACCUCAGGUUACGGAGACGAGGCGUCGUCCCUCCAGCGCCUGGUGGAGGACCUUCGCUCUCAGCUGUCCCGCUCUCAGAGCGUGAUCCGCGGCCUCCAGAGCCGCAUCCGCUCCCUCUCCACCUCCAGCGACUACGGACCCUCCACACCCCGCAAGGUCAACUGGUCCUUCCAGGCUUCGCCCUCCCAAAGCGGGGCUGAGGACGACGAGGGCUGGCAGUCAUCCGACGGAGGUCCGCUGGCUUCGCCUCGUCACCCUCACCCGGACAAGAACCUCCAGGAGCUGGUGUCCCGCGUGGACGCGCUGGAGGACCAGCUGAGGAAAGGAGGCAAGAAGACCGUCGGCGAGGAGGGAAAGUCUGCCACCUGGCCGGGUCAGUUCGACUCUCUGAUCAAGUCUCAGGCCAGAGAGCUGUCUCACCUCCGCCAGCGGCUGCGAGAAGGUCGAGGCGUCUGCCACAUCCUCACCCAGCACCUGGGAGACACCACCAAGGCCUUCGAGGAGCUGCUGAGAGCCAACGACAUCGACUACUACAUGGGCCAAAGCUUCAGGGACCAGCUGGCUCAGAGCAGCGCGUUAGCUCAGCGAGUCAGCGCCAAGAUCAGCGGACGAGAUCACCCUGAAGAUCCAGACGAGAAGACAGAGCUGCUGGCCAUCCGGCUCAGCAAGGAGCUGCAGCAGAAGGACAAGAUCAUCGAGUCUCUGCGCGCCAAACUAAACCAGCAUCACCAUCAUCACUCUCAUCGCUCCAACACGCCCUGCAGCAGCCACGCCCUCUCCGAGACCACCGACCAAUCGGAUCGCAUCUCCUACGUGUCCGAUGAGCAGGGAUCCACUAACGAGGACCUGGAGCUUUGCUCCGACGUGGACGCCGCCAGCGAGCUCGGUCAGGAGGAGACGCACACUUCUGCAAGAGUCGGCGCAGACCGCCACUCUCGCAGUGGCUCCAUGUCACGCCACCCGUCUGUCCCUCCAUCCAUCACCUCAUCCCACAGAACCCAGUCCUGCCUCAGCUGUCCCAGUUUGCAUUGUCCCGGUUCACAAAGCUCACCGCACAGAGCUGCGGACAUGCAGAGUCAGACAGCUCCAGCCUCAGUCUUCACCUCUGCCCCCUACCACCCUCCCUCCUCCUCCACCACCACCACCACCCAGAGCGCACCUUUGCCCUUUCAUCCCAACCCCGCAACCCUGCGAACCCGUUACCAAGGCAACGGGGGAGUGGGUUUCUCCAUGGCUGAUGUGCAUCAGGAGCUGCAGAUGUUGCAGAGACAGCUGGGAGACAGUGACAGUGCGUCGCAUGAGUCUGCGUAUGAGAGGUUCUCCACUCCUCAGUCCAAACCUCUUCAGGGUUUGCCGUUGUUGUCCCACCAGCAGGCCGACUCCUCCGGCUUCCUGCCCUCCUUCUACCACGGAUACCAGCCGUCUCCCUUCGGCAGCGCCACCACCACCAACGGCAGCCUGGACGCCAGCUUGGCCAUGAAAGCCGGGGCCAGCCUGCUGGAGAGCAGUGCAUUGUGGGAUAUGGCCUACGGUACCCGACCGAUGAGAGUCGGAGCCGACCUGUCGUCGGGAUCCUCGGGGUACCAGUCGGGCACCAGCCACACAGGUUCAGACCUGAUGAAGGAGCAUCUGAGGGAGAUCAGGAGUCUGAGGGAGAGACUGGAGGACUCCAUCCAGACCAACGACCGCCUGCGACAGCAGCUGGAGGAGAGACUGGCUCGCACCGCCACCGAGAAAGGAGCUCCUACUAACAUCUACAUCCAGGGUCUGGACUCGGUCGGUCAGCUGUCCAGUGAGAUCCGGCUGCUGAAGGAGGAGAACGUCAGUCUGCAGAACCAGCUGAAGCAAACCGCGAGAGAGGGCAGUAAGGAGGCGGAGCAGCUGAGGGAGGCGGCGCUGCUGGAGCGAGCCCGGCUGAAAGAGGCGGAGCUUGAGGCAGAGAGGUGGGCGGAGCAAAGCAGGAAGCUGCAAGCUGAUGCUGAAGCUCACAGUCAGGAGACCGCACAGCUGAAACAGGACAGACUGAGGAACCAGGAAACCAUCAACAGGCUGCAGCAUGAGGUGAGCGUCCUCCAGCAGCAGCUGUGUGAGAGUCGCAGUCUGGUUUGCUCUCUGCAGUGUGAGCUGCAGGUGUAUCACAGAGUGUGCGGAGUCACCGCAAACACACCGUCAGGUCAGGCCAGCGACAGCUCUCAGCCGGGUCACAACACCGCGACCUUUGACCCCAGAGAGCUCCACAUUCAGCUGGAGCAGCAGCUGAGCGGACAGGUGGAGACGCAGCCUCGAUCCAGGAGGCAGCUCUUCAACGACAACGUUCCUUCUCCGCCUGUGAGAGAUACGGGACUCGUCAGUCCUUCGUCUCCGCUGCACGCCGCACACAAACAUGCAGGAGACACCAGAGCUGCCGAUCAAGCAGCCUCGGCGCUGCAGGGGCAGGCUCCGGACGGUUCCUUUGCUAACCGUCAUGGCCGCCACGCUGUCGGCCACGUGGAUGACUUCAAGGCUCUGCAGCAGCAGAUCCUGGAGGGCGGCGCUCUCCUCCGCAGGAUGGAGACCGCCGUCUGUUCCCUGAACGCCUCGCAGGAGUUCAGCCGUCAUCAGCCGUCAGACUCCGGUUCUGUCAGGAAGCUGCUGGUCGACACUAAAACCCUGAGACAGAUCCUGGAGGAGGCCGACUCGCUGCUGCGGAUGUUCUGGAGAGCAGCUCUGCCCAACUCUGAGGAAACCAAACAGGAUCAGUCUCUGAGGGAAGAGGUCGUUUCUCUUCGUCUGAAGCUCUCAGAGAAAGAGGAGGCUCUGAAGGACGCCAUGGAGAGAGUGAAGAGCUCCAACCGCACCAAAGAUAGCAUGGAGCACUUUAUAGUCAACCAACUGUCGAGAACCAGAGACGUCUUGAAGAAAGCCAAGACAAACCUGCAGGAGAACGAGCUCAGGAUUUCUUCCCUUCGUCAUGCUUCUUCCUCUCUUCCUCCUCCUUCCUCCUCCUUCUCUUUUUCCUCUCCCUCUUCCUCACACCCCUGGCCUGGUAAAGGUGAAAUCACAGGAGGCUUCUGUGAACUCGCCUUCUCUCCUGGUUGGGGUAUCAUGACGCCCCGGACUCCCUCUUCUUCUUCCUCCUCCUCCUCCUCCUCUUCCUCUUCCUCCUCUGCUGUCCUGGGACCAGCACACCACCUGCGCCCCCUCCAGGCAGCCCUCCUGUAGUGCACCAGCCUCGCCAUCCUCACCGUCAUCUCCUGUUCAGACAGGAAACGCUGCAAGUUCUGGCUCUCUUAUUGGUUCGGAGUGUUAAUGAAUGUGUCUUCUUCUGCUGGUUUAUGAAUGUGGAUGAUUGUCUUUGUUAUAUUAUAACGGUAUAAAGUCGGAAAGCGAUGUGAAGUCGAGACCGUCAACCGAAGUGUUUCCCUUUGUUUAUACGAGACCAGUUUGGCUGAAGUUAGUUUUACGAUUCAGAGCUUCUGAUUUAGCUUUUCCUUUUUUUUUUAGUUUAACAAAUAUGAAACUGUUUUUUAAAGUCUUUGAGCUCUCAGUGUCGGUUUAGUCUAACAGCAGUUUCAGAUGUAGACCCUCAAGGCAGAUAAAAACAGUAACGGUUUUCGUUUUUCACAAAUCUUAAACUGGGUUUAAAACCGUCUUUGUGCUUUUUAUAAAAUAUUCUAGUCCCUGUCUGACUAACUAACUCAAGAAUCAGAAGCUCCCAGUCAGAAUCCAACUUUAGUCUUGUACUUCAGCAGGGAUUCAAGCAACAAAAAUCCACUUGAUGCCAGCAGGAAAAAAAGGGGGGGUGUGUGGUGGGGGGGGCUUCGAAAAAGCCAAAACCAAACUGCAAAGUGCUUCCUCUCAGCCUCUGUUGAGGCUCCUGUUUGCUGUUAGCGUGUAGAAAGAUCGAUAGAAUAGAUGCAUGUGGUUUGAGCAGCUUGUGGAAACAAAGCCAUACUCUCUGACGGUACAGUAGAUAUGUUUUUGUUUUGUCCUAAUUGUACUAAUAAUGUCAUAAAAAUGGCCAACUACUGAUAUUAUAAGAAAGAAAACAGAACUACCGGUGGCUGGUGGACGAUGUUCUCUUGCAUUUAUUCUAAAUUUUAGCCUCUUAUUCUCAAACUCCUGACUAUAACUGCUUUAAAGGUGGAGUCAGUUCUUUGCAGAUAUUUAAAUAAUAUGGGUCCAACCCAGUUUUUUUUGUUUUUGUUUUUUUUUUUCCUGCUGAAAACACAGAUCUGUAGCGUCGGAAAGCCUUCUGACUAAGCUGCCGUGUGCAGCAUCUCAGUAAAACCAGUGUUAAUAGAAACAAGCACAUGUUGCUCUGCAGUCUGUGCGAUGCCUUCAAUGACCUGUCUGAUAAUCUGGACAGAAGUGAAUUUUUAGUGCACGGUCCAAAAGAGAUAACAUUUCAUUUUUGUAAACAGAUGGACCACACUUUUAUUAUUUUUUAUCCUUUUAAAUGUUUUUUUUUUUUUUUUUUUAAAUCUUUUUAUGUUUGAAUUUCCCUCAAGAUGACAAUCAUAUUUUUAAAAAUUAUUCAAAAGAUGAACAUCUGUAUGUAAGGAUGGUUUCCUCAAAAGUUCUGCAGGAUUUGUUUGACGCUCACUGUGGAAAUGAACUUUUCUGAAAUUGGGGUCUUUUACACUGGCUUAUCCCUUAGUUGUUGCUUUUUAUCUAUUUCUCUGUACAGUAGGUUGCCUGUCGCCCCCUUUGUGCAUGAACUAUGGAGUCACUGCCCUCUAAUACUUUUACUGAAAUAUGCAAUUUUUGGGUUACUGUGCAAUACUAGCCUUUACGGUUGCUUUAUUAGGUUAUUUUAGGCCUGGGUAUUAAAGUGCCAUGUCAUCUGUUUUUAGCUCUUACUAAAACAAACUUACUUUUGAUGAAUAUGUCCUGUUAUUGACAAUCAAUCUGAAGCACAGUUUUAACGGCCCAAAUGCUCCUUUUUGGCUUAAUAUGACUCAAAGUUUUAUAUAUUACAUAAGAAAAAAAAGGCAAAGUAACAGCAUAAAGAUCACUGUAAUGAUAUAUUUAUAAAGCAAUAAGAUCAACCAAAGUGAGGUUGUCAAAUCAGGUGUAAAAAUUAUAAUUUUUUUUUUUGUGUAAUUCCCCACAGGUCAAAGGUCAAACUUCUUUUCUUAGUGUCUGUGUGGUUUUUAGGAACCACGUCUCAUGUAUGUACAUAUUAAAGGGAGUGUGAACAUCAAUGCAAGUUUUUUUGUUGCCGUGAGAGAAGAGAUGGUCUUUAGACAAAGGCCAGCUGUAUUUUUAUGCAUGUUCUCUUUAUUAAAAAUGUUUUGGGGUAAAAAGUAAAGAACCUUUUCAAUAAAAAGGGGACAAAACAACA